AAUUAAACUAAAUCCUACUAUAAACUAAAAUUAAUCCACAAACAACAAUAUCUUAACAACUAGUCAACUACUAUACUAUCAACUAAUCAAUCAAUCCAUUAAUUUACUAAUAUUUUCUCUAUUUCCCAUUGCUUAUGAAGUUUCCUGAGGGGACAAAUUUUGGUACCUUAGUUGUUGCCAAUUAUAUGACAACAAAUCCGUACAAAAAAAGGAUACUUCCUGUCCUUUUUCCUAAAGAGAUCUUAAAUCUCAAUUAAUUAAUUCAUCUUUGAUUUAACUAUAAAUACAUUUGCAAUAUUUAGAUGUAUAACAAAGUGUAUUAAUCUCAUCACAAAACUCAAACAAUAUUUUCAACAAUCACUUAGAAAAUUUCAAUGGCACUCCCAAAUUUUGAUGCUCUAAGAGAUUUGCACGAUUCGGCCAACAACAUGCUUCAUUCACCUCUGAUCAAACGAGAAAUCGCGCAUCAGGGUCAGGAGAAGUGGGCAUACGAAGUUUCAGAAACAUCGUUAAGGAUGCUGGAGGUAUGUGGUACUACCAAAGAUGUCAUGUUGCUUGUUAAGGAUCACGUUCACGACCUGAAAUGUACGUUCAGAAGAAUCAGCGUUGGAGAAAAUGCGACGACAGAAAAUAAGUUUGCACCUUUUCAUUGUCAUAGGAAGAAGUUGAAGAAAGAGAUGUUAAAGCGCUUGCAUUCCCUAAAAGGGAUGAAAAAUAACACUAAGUGCAUCGAUUCAUCGAUAGAUGAUAAAAAUAAUCUAAUGGUGGUGGUGAAUGUAUUAAGAGAAGUUAGAGUGGCAACAAUGUCAAUAUUGGAAUCUUUGAUGGCACUAAUGUCAAUGCCAAGUCCAAAUACGACUCGGAAAACGAGUAAAGGGUAUUUCGGUUCAAAAUUAUUGAUGAGAGUAAACAGUUUAAGUUCGUGGGAAAAAUGUGACGCGAUGACGUUGCAAUGUGCUAAUAAAAGACUAGAAGCCGUGGAAUUAGCCAUUGAAGAUCUUGAAGGAGAGCUUGAAUGUAUUAUUCGAAGAUUGAUUCGAACAAGAGUUUCACUUUUAAAUUUACUUACUUACUAGCAAUUCUUUUUUAAAAAAAUAUUAGAGGGGAGCUAAUUACAUAUUAUUUGAAGGGCUUUCAAUGAUCUAAUAUUAUGUAAUUAGUUAAUUAAUUAAGAUCACUGCACAACUAGCUCAGUGAAACACUGAUGGUAAAAAAACCAGUUCGGUGCAAUAAAGUUCCUGCUAUAUGCGAGGUUCCACUACUAAAAAAAAAGGGAAAAACCGACCAAAUUUUGUGAUCGGUAAAGUAGUGGUAGGUUUUUAAAAA